GCGAACAUAGUUUAACGCUGAGCUGGAAGACGGCGUCUGCGUCUGUCAUGGCGGCCGUGGGCACCGCCGUGCCAGAUUCCAUGCGCAAGCCGAACAAACCCUGGAUCUCAGAGCGCACGCUGGCACUCAUCACCCAGAGACGCCACGCGCGAACUGCAGGCGAUUGGGGCGCCGAGCUGCGACUGAGAAAGUCCGUGAAGAAGUCGGCCAAGCAAGAUCGCAGUACGUGGCUCGAGAAUCUGACAGCUACUGGAGACUGGAGUUGCAUCAACGAGAUAUCGAAAUGCAAGGGCCGGCCGCAAUGUCGACUUCAAAAUCGAAACGGCGAUCCGGUUGCGACAGACGAGCGCGCGGAGACAUUCGCGGAGCACCUCGGCAAUAUCCAGUGGCACGUGCGCACACAGACGAUGCGAUCUACCAGGCCCUGGCCCCUCUUUAAGCCAGCGUUCAUGCCCGCGCACCGCUUGGCGCAUGGUUUGUCAGUCAGAUUGGAGCUGCAGGCAAAGCGCCAGCAGCCCGCAGCCCAGCCGCUACGAGCGACAGCCAGGGUCACCCUCGGCAGCGCGGAAGCAAACCUCCAGACCGCCAACCGACGCUACCAGCGACACUUGACCAUUGUGAAGUGCCAGCGAGACAUGACAAGCCAGACUAGUCGACGCCGGCUCAAGUGCGAGAGGAACAUCGACAUCAUUCGCAGCACACGCAGCAGCGCUGGUCACAAGCUACAGCAGACGCCGCAGUAUCACCACUAUCAGGUGCAGCCGCUUGACUGCGACGACGCGGCGCAGACGAGCCUCAGCUACAUCCUGUUACUCAACCAGCGCAACAGACACAGCAACUAUCUACAAUGCAACCUCGAGCGACAUCCCACAACAAGGCACUACACGUGCAUUGACAUCCACAACCGGUACGAGUUCCAGAUGGACGAGGACGACGCCAUCUACGCGAAGCUCAAUCACGACGUAAAGAACUAUGAAGCACGUAUUCUCGUAUGCUCAAUGACAGACUCGCGCCACAACGUCGCCUCGAGGUUCCCGAAGCUGGCCGCGCUCGUGAGGUCCCGCGAGUUCGAAGCCGUAAUCGGAGUCGUCAUCAUAGCCAAUUGCGUGACCAUGGGACUGGAGGUGGAGACCCUCAUCGGCAGGGCGGGGUUCUACACUCCGGCGAUGGUGUUUAUGGACAACUUCUUCGCCGUCGUAUUUCUGAUAGAGCUCAUGAUGCGCGUGCUGGUGUUCGGCUGGAGGAGCCUACGUACCUGGGCUCGCCACGGAGAAGUGCGGCUCGGUGUGGAACCUCCUCGAGGCCAUAGUGGUGUUGAUUUCCUGCGUCACUGCGUGGCUGAUCUCGCAGGACUCCGAGAACACACCCGUGCUGCAGGCCCUCACCAUCCUUCGUGCUCUCCGACUUGUGCGGGUUGUCCGCGUCGUGUCGCGCGUCAAGAUCUUCCAUGA